UUUAAUAGGAAACUAAUUUACAUACCUUUUCCUGUUUCUGGCCUUACUUUAGCAAGAGAUAUACAUACAAAUCGCAUUAAUAUUUUAUAUAGGCUACGACGAAAUGGCAGAUAAAGUCUUGGAACAACUUCGGAUUCAACUGAAGGAUGGUUUGACUGAGGCCGUCAUCAAAAAUUUGUUGGAUGAUCUUCAGGACAAGAAGGUCUUAGGAAAUGAGGAGAUUGAAGAAAUAGUGCAGAAGACCAAAACACGAGCUGAUCAAGCUCGAGAUCUGAUUGAUGGUGUGCGUAGAAAGGGGAGCGAAGCAAGUGAAAUUAUGUUAACAUGCUUGAAGGACAGAGACAACUAUCUUUACAAAAACCUGAACAUAGACCAUUUAGCAAUUCCUGAAAGAGGAGCGACCUCCAGUCCACCAACACCACAAAGUACAACAGACAAACAAAAUGAUAUGAUCUAUGGAGAUGAGGUGUACAACAUGGACAGUUAUCCACGUGGACUGUGUGUAAUUAUUAAUAACGAGAAAUUUGCAGACCGAAAAGAACGAAAGGGAUCCCAAAAAGAUGUUGAUUCUCUGAAGGCCUUAUUUGAUUUUUUGGGCUUUCUGGUUGAAGUUGAGACAGACAAAACUGCAGAUGAAAUAACAGCCCUCAUGGCCAAAUACAGUAACGAUGGUCCUCAUGGAGACUGCUUUGUCUGUUGUGUACUGAGUCAUGGUGAUGAGACUGGUGUCGUGGGAUUUGAUGGGCAAAUAUGUCCACUGAAUGACAUCACCUCCCCAUUUGAUGGAGUUAACUGUCGUGCUCUUAUUGGCAAACCGAAAGUCUUCUUUAUCCAGGCAUGCAGAGGAUGUGAAAUGCAGAGUAAAGUGGUUGCAGAUGGAGCUGGUCCCAGUCGUAACCAGAAAUCUGGCAAAGUAUACAGCAUUGCCAAAGAUUCAGAUUUUCUGAUUGCCCUGUCCACUGUGGAGGGAUAUAUGUCAAUCCGUGAUCCAUCCAGUGGAUCAUGGUUUAUACAGUCCCUUUGCGAGCAUUUAAAAAAAGGAAGUGAACAAGGCCAGGACAUCUUGAGGAUCCUCACUAAUGUCAAUAACGAUGUAAGCCGUAAAGAGGGCAAAAUAAAAAUAAAUAAAGAUAUAGUAGAUGCAAAGAUGACCCCUCAGCCCAAAUUCACCUUGAGGAAGCUUCUUAUUUUAAAACCACCAAAGGGAAAAAAACAGGCUGAACAUCCUCAUCCUCCACCGAAGAAGAAGAGGAAAUCUUAACAUUGACAUUCUAGAGAAGUCUAUAGUAUUAAUCUAUGUUUCCAUGAAUCUUUGUUAUAUUGGAUUUUAAAAAUAUGUGUACCACAGAAAAGUGGAGAACCCCUGUUUUGAAUUUUUUUUUUGUUUUACAAAUGAACCCCGUUUCAUUUAAGACAUUGUGUUUAAUCACAUAACUUUCUUUAAUUUCUUUAAUAAAUAACAUCAAAUG